AAUGUAUUGACAGAUAUAGCAAAGUUUCAUAGAUAUAGCGAACAAAGUUCAUGACAAGAGAAAAGCACGCGGUAGAGAAAGCAAAUCAAAUAAACGCAAUAAGUAGAAAAGGGGACUGAGAAGAGAAGAAACGGUCAGACUACGAAGUGAGGCGGAAUUGGAGUGAGAGAGUGACAGAGGGUAAAUGACACCAUUAUUUUAAGGUCACCUCGAUUUCUACAAGACUGACAGAUUAUGCCAUUCCGACUACUGUAACAGUGGCCUUCCCGUGCCAUAUACUUGUCAGCUUUUAUCCAGAAAUUCUAUCACCUCCACGGUAAAAGGUGAAGAGAGGAGAGAUCCCACCAUACGACCUACCCGAAAACUUUCUUCUACCCGGCCUUCACCUUGUUCUUCGUGUGGCUGGUGGGGAUUAGCGGUUGCACGGAGCCGUUCUACACCGGCAGUCUGUGUUCCACUUCGGCGUCAGUCAUGAAGCCGGUCCGGCUGUUUUUUAACGUUUUCUCUUUGUUCUUUCUCCUCGGACCCGGAGCGUCUCAGUCCGACAUGCCCUCUUUUAAACCGUACACGGGGGCUAGAGUGUCUAACAAUUCCAAUUUGAUUGUAUUUCACUGCGAGCAGACGAUCGCCGUCGUCGAACUGAAAAUGAAGAGGUUUAUUGAGAACUGCGAAUUCAUCGAAGUCGUAGAUGUUAGACAAAAACGUCAGGAAUUAAACAAGCUAAGGUCUUUGAUUGGGAAACCAAUAACGCUGAAAUUCCCUCAAAUGAUGGACUUGAUGUCAAGAUGUUCUAAAAUCCCAGAUGUAAAGCCACAAAGGAUAAACAAUAUGCAAUCCGAUCAGCCAGUAUCGCAGAACAGAAAUCAACAAUCGCUCCAACUCAUAUUGCCCGGGACGAAAUGGUGUGGUACGGGUGACAUAGCUGCAAACUAUUUUGACCUCGGUACUCAAUCCGAAAUCGACAAGUGCUGCAGACUACACGAUAUAUGCCCAGUGAAGGUUCAUGGCUACUCUUUCAGAUAUGGAGUCAACAAUACAUCGCCAAUUACCAAAUCCCACUGCAAAUGCGACCAAGAGUUGAAGCGUUGCCUGAAAAAAGAAAAUCAACCUAUAGCAAAUUUAAUGGGCCAGAUUUACUUCAACGUAAUCAAAAUACAAUGCGUUUCUGGCACUGUACCAAACCUGCAAGUGUUAGAUCAAGGAAAAUACUGAUUGUAAGGCACAAAAUCAUUCAUCAUCUUCAACAAGAUCAUAUCCUUGGGGCUGCGGAAUGAAACGUAUAUACAUUCAGCCACUGCAAGUCCCUUGCCCUCGUUAUCAACUUUUGCUGUACAUCAGGAGAAUCAUGUCUCAACAUGGUGCCCAAUACCCAGAACAGUUCUUUGCAGAGGUGUUUGUAACUCGAGUUCAUAAAAAUUCUCAUCGUCUUUAACAUUAUCUCCCAAUUGUCGAGUAUAACAUUAGCGGUAUAUCCGUUAGCAUCUAUGCUUAAAUUGCCUAAAGUUCUGACUUGUGCAGUCACAGACAUUAUAUUCUUAGAACACAAUGAUUCCAGUUUGUCCAAAUUGUAGAUUAUCGUUCCAGGGAUCUCUUUCUCGAGGAGUUUCGGUAUAAUAUACUUUACUGAAGAUAAAUGAUAUAAAAGCCAUUGGACGUGGACUGAUGACACAAAAUAUGGAUGCACUGAAUUUACUACUGCUAGAACCUCAUCAUCCCUGCAAACAAAACAAAGAAUUAUCCUUAAUGUUAAUUCUGAAGAUUAAUUAGUGUAAAUAUGUUGUACAAUUUUUUAUAACAAUUAGAUUUUACAAUUUAGCCUA